UAUCUGUAAAACAAGGUUGGGGUCAAUUAGAAUGUUCUUUUUAGCUGUUAAACAGGGUUGGGGUCAAUUAGAAUGGUAUUGUUUGCUCUUAAACAGGGUUGGGGUCAAUUAAAAUGUUAUUUUUAGCUGUUAAACAGGGUUAGGGUCAAUAAGAAUGGUAUUGUUUGCUCUUAAACAGGGUUGGGGUCAAUUAGAAUGGUGUCUUUUGCUGUUAAACAAGGUUAGGGUCAAUUAGAAUGUUCUUUUUAGCUGUUAAACAGGGUUGGGGUCAAUUAGAAUGUUCUUUUUAGCUGUUAAACAGGGUUGGGGUCAAUUAGAAUGGUGUUGUUUGCUCUUAAACAGGGUUGGGGUCAAUUAGAAUGUUCUUUUUAGCUGUUAAACAGGGUUGGAGUCAAUUAGAAUGUUAUUUUUAGCUGUUAAACAGGGUUGGGGUCAAUUAGAAUGGUAUUGUUUGCUCUUAAACAGGGUUGGGGUCAAUUAGAAUGGUGUCUUUUGCUGUUAAACAAGGUUAGGGUCAAUUAGAAUGGUCUUUUUAGCUGUUAAACAGGGUUGGGGUUAAUUAGAAUGUUCUUUUUGCUGUUAAACAGGGUUGGGGUCAAUUAGACUGGUCUUUUUAGCUGUUAAACAGGUUUGGGGUCAAUUAGAAUGGAAGGCAGUCAAUUCAGGUGAUUUGAAUUUAAAAUAAAUACAUUUGAACUUUUUAAGUAAAUAGCUUCUACUUGUUAGUUUAUUGAUGUCAUUGAAAAUAGAUGCCCUUUCUUUAUUAUUGAAUUGUAAUUUCAGUUUACUUCCUGAGUUGACUGCCUUCAAUUUGAAUUGACCACAACCCUGUUGGUAAGGAUCUAAUGGUCUUUAUCCAACUUUUUUGUUUCUCAAUAAAGAGACGUCAACAUAGCUGUGAUAGUGAUAAUAGUUGAUGAAAGGUAAAGGAAUCUUUUGUUGGUCUUUGUUGUCCUGAUAACAAGUGCUAAUAUGAGGUCUGACUUACCUUUCCAUAGCUGUUGAUGAUCAAAUGGUCUUAGCAUGAUGAAAACAUCACGAUCUUCUCCGGACACUGAUACGUGGUUAGACUGAUCUUUAACUGACCUUAGUAAACCUUUCCAUAACAUCAAACGGUCUUUGUUGUCCGGGAAGCUCAGUCCACUGACAUGGAGUUGAGGAUCCUGGUGGUGGGGUCCAGUGGACCGUCUCAGUUCUCCCUGACCAACUCUAUCCUGGGGAGGGAGGAGUUCUCCAAGGACGUCACCAGCAUCGUCCAGAGCAGGAAGAACCUGGGGGACCUGGCCGGGACGCGUGUUGCUCUGGUCAACGGACCCAACCUCUACGGGAAGCACCUGUCCCGCACCAAGAUGAAGACAGAGAUGAAGAGGUGCAAGUGUCUGUCAGCCCCCGGCCCUCACGCCCUGCUCAUGGCCUUUGACUUGGAGCAGAUCUGCCCCAACGACGUCAAGACGCCUAAGCUGAUGGUGAAGCGUUUCGGUGAAGAUGCACUUUCCCACACCAUAGUCCUCCUGGCCUACGAGGGGGACGUAGACAUUCUGGCCCUGGAGAACCGGGUCAGCACCGACUGGCACCUCCGGGAGCUCAUCGAGCAGUGCGGCGGGCGCUACCACGUCUUCAACAAGAACUGGAGGGACCGUUCUCGAGACAAGGAGCUCCUCCAGAAGAUUGAACGGAUGCUGGCGACCCUGGGCGGGCAGCACUACACCAGCCGCUCUUACGGGCAGGCGGAGGAGAGCGUGAGGAAGGAAGAGAGGAAGCUGCUGAAGAAGAGGACGGCGGAGACGGAGGAGGCGUGGAGGGAGCUGGAGCAGCAGUACCGGGGGGAGGCGCUGCGCUGGCAGAUGGACGCCUACAACAACAGCGUGGGAGCAGAGAUCAGGGCUAAAGCCGAGAUGGACAACGGAUGGUUGAGGACGUCGCUCGCCGUAGGGGCGGGGUUGGGGCUGGCCGCGGGGGCCGCCAUGGGGAUGGCGAUGGGGGCGGUGGCGGGGGCUAUGGGGAUGACGAUGGGAGGCGCUAUCGGAGGGUUGAUGGGCGGGUCGGCGGGUGGGACGGCCCAGGUAGCGAUAGAACACCUGGAGGACAGAGUGGGACCACACGCUACUAACUUCAACACUGUUUUCAUCAACCGCUUCUUCAGACCACCACGUUCAUGACAUGGAGGAAGUGUUUAUGACUGGAACCAGGAAAAAUACAUAGGUAGUAGUUCAAAUGAAAACGUGGUGAAAGGUAUAUUUAAUUAUUGGAACUGGUAGUGAUUGUGUGAUAGAUAGUCUCUCUAUCUGACUCAACUCUAAACCACUGCUAUAAAUACGCUGCAUUCGUGACGGAAACUCGGAACCUAGGAGCGAAAAUUAACCUAAGUUAUUUGCAUAGAGCUUCCUAUUGGUUAAUUCUGAUACUUUCCAUGUGGGAAACUCAGGUGUCAUCUCUCUACGAGUUUUCAAGUACUAGUUACCUAGCAACAAUAUGUGUGUGUACCUGUAUAGAGAAUAUCCUCUUAACGCUUAUCGCAAGUUGAGGUAGUAUUUUAGGAUUAUACUGAGUAGAUAUAGGUUCACUUGAAAUAGUUAUACAUUACCAUGAGGAUAUUUAUUCAGUAGACUGCUAUUUGGACAGGUUGAGGCUAUUUAUUCAGUAGGCUGCUAUACUGCCUUCAGAAAGUAUUCACACCCCUUGACUUUUUCCACAUUUUGUUGUGUAAUAAGGUGGGAUUAAAAUUGAUUUAAUUGUAAUUUAUUGUCAACGAUCUACACAAAAUACUCUGUAAUGUUAAAGUGGAAGAAAAAUCUAACAAUUGUAAAGAAAUUAUGGAAAAGGAAACACUAAUAGAUCUUGAUUAUUUAAGUGUUCAACCCCCUGAGUCAAUACAUGUUAGAAUCACCUUUGGCAGCGAUUACAGCUGUGAGUCUUUCUGGGUAAGUCUCUAAGAGCUUUACACACCUGGAUUGUACAAUAUUUGCACAUUAUUCUUUCUAAAAUUCUUCAAGAUCUGUCAAGUUGGUUGUUGAUCAUUGCUAGACAGUCAUUUUGGUCAUAGAUUUUCAAGAAGAUUUAAGUCAAAACUAUAACUAGGCCACUCAGGAACAUUCUAUGUAAUUUUGGUAAACAACUCCAGUGAUUUUUUUGGCCUUGUUUUUAAGGCUAUUGUCCUGCUGAAAGGUGAAUUUUUCUCUCAGUGUCUGUUGGAAAGCAAACUGAACAAGGGUUUCCUCUAAGAUUGUACCUGUGCUUAGCUCUAUUCCAUUUAUUUUUAUCCUAAAACAAAACUCCCUAGUCCUUGCUGAUGACAAGCAUACUCUUAACAUGAUUCAGCCACCACCAUGCUUUAAAAUAUGAAGAGUGGUACUCAGUGAUGUGUUGGAGUUUCCCCAAACAUAACGCUUUGUAUUCAGGACAUAAAGUACAUUUCUUUGCAACGUUUUUUGCAUUUUUACCUUAGUGCCUUAUUGCAAACAGGAUGCAUGUUUUGGAAUAUUUUUAUUCUUUACAGGCAACCUUAUUUUCACUCUGUCCUUUAGGUUAGUAUGGUGGAGUACUACAAUGUUGUUGUUUGUUUAUUUAUUUGUUGGGGGGGGGGGGUAGAUCAUCUUUAAUAUUGUAGAUAGAUUGUAGGUUCUAUCAAUUUAAUUGUUUGCAUAAUUUCCAAUCCCCCUUA